GCCAUCUCAGUACUAGGGUAUCCGGCUGCGCUGCCUGCUGUCGCGAUUCGUGCGUUGUCAUAGUUACAGGGCCUAGCUUUCUUCAAUGGGCGCACCAUCAUAAGGCAAGCUCGAGGCAGACGUCAAGCCUCUGUCUACGGUUUGCUUGACGUCCGUACGAAUACCGGCAAGCACGCACACAACCAAGUCGAAUGGCAUGAUUGCGCUGGGCAGUGUCGGCCCGUUACCAUGCAGGGUAGCACUCGCUGUAGUACUUAUUUACCUACCUUAGGUAGCUUGGCCCCCGGUAAGCUCCAUUUGUGCAGUAUAUGUCAAGGAAGUGGGGCACGUAAACUCACCACGGAUCCCGACAAACGACGACGUAUUUCACCCACCAUGCUCUUCAGACAAAGCCCAACGCCAUACCCAAGCCCGGCCCGUUCUGCCGUCGCCCCAAAUGCAGCGCGCCGUCGCGAGCAAGACGUUGCCCCGGGCCCGGGUCGUCUUCUCGGGCAUACAGCCCACGGGCGUGCCCCAUCUCGGCAACUAUGUCGGCGCACUGCAGCAAUGGCUUCGCCUGCAGCACCAGGAGAAGCCCGACACCAAGCUGAUAUACUCCAUAGUCGAUCUUCAUGCCAUCACCACGCCGCAGAACCCCCACACACUCAAGAGGCACAAGAGAGAGGCAUUGGCAGCCCUGCUAGCCAUAGGCAUUGACCCGGAUCGCUGCACCCUGUUCUAUCAGUCCUCAGUCCCGGCGCAUUCGGAGCUCAUGUGGAUACUCUCCUGCACGGCAUCUGUUGGGUAUUUGUCGAGAAUGACACAAUGGAAGCAAAAGCUCAGCCUUUCGCCUACCUCCCACAUCGAGGACCAGCCCGUCAGCUCCCGCCUGAAACUGGGGCUGUUUGCCUAUCCCGUCCUCCAGGCUGCCGAUGUCCUUGUCCAUCGAGCAACACACGUACCCGUCGGUCACGACCAGGCUCAACACCUUGAAUUCGCGCGCGAGUGCGCUACAAACUUCAACCAUGCCUAUGGACCCUGUCUUGUGCAACCAGAAACCAUGAUUCCACCCGUACAUCGCAUCAUGUCGCUCACAGACCCAACCGCCAAAAUGUCAAAGUCGCACAAGAGCGAGCGCUCGCGCAUUUUAAUCACGGACACACCAGACGAGAUUCGUGCCAAAAUCUCCUCCGCACUCACCGACUCUCACGUUGGCAUCUCAUACGACAUAGCCACCAGGCCCGGCAUCUCCAAUUUGCUCGACAUCCUGUCAAUCUUCGACGCACAGCAGCGCACUCCCUCGGAACUGGCUGACGCCUACAGUCAGACUCAUCCUCGUCAGUUCAAAGGGAUGAUGGCGGAUUCUGUCAUCCAAGGUCUCCAUGGCAUCAGGAGCCGCUUCCUUGAGCUGCUGGAUAGCGACAGCACCUACCUUGACUAUGUCGAGGCGCAAGGCGCGCGCAAGGCGAGAGAAAACGCGGAAGAGACAAUGGAGGUGGUCAGGUCCGCUAUAGGUCUUUGAGGCCAUCCGAACCUCUUACAGGACAGCACGCCACACCCCUGUACAGCCGUGUAACAGUACAUGUAUCUCAUAUGUCGCCAUCAUGUCACCAUCGCCAAUGGGCCGGGUAAAGAUAUGCGAGACAUACUCCCGUGCCCUAUGCAACUGUCACUUGAUACACUGCAUUGCUCGCCCACUAAAUAGUCGCUGACGUGGCCUGACGCGGAACUGUACCGACCUAAACCGACGAGCCCCUUUCCACAGCCCCGUCGAGAGUCCACCCGGCCUCUGUGAACGAAGACGAGCCUCUAUGGUGCCGUUUCAAUGCGGUCAAACGGGCCCGGGUUGAUCACGAUACGUACGCGAAGUUGCUUCCACGAGCUGAGAGCCAAAAGUCACGGACUACCUGGUUGGUCGCCCGUGCACCUCUCAAGCUGAAAUCAUGCAUAUCAUGUUAGUGUACUGGCAUUAUCGACCGUAGGUUCUGGGGGGCGAAGUGAGCUCAUGUAUAUUGCGUACCUGAUGACCUUCUUCACGAAUAUGGCUUUUUGUUCCGCGCUGACCUUGCUGCUCGGGAAGGAGGCAUCGCCGAGUGCGGUCUGCAGCCAGUCCCUUGCAGCAGCAUGCCGGCUGACAAGCCUCUUCAAUGGCUCGCUGAGUUUGUCCAGCUCGCUCCGGGAAGCGUUCCCUCCA